AUGCCAAUCAGUGUCAGGGACCGCAAGAACUCACCUCAGCAGGUAGAACUCCUGGGAAGGUAUCUGGGACCCCGUGUCCUCUUCUGGGAGUCGUACUCUGGCUCGGAGGACUCGUACUUUCCCACGGAUGACGAUCACCUUGCAGCGCCAUCUGGUGGCAGUUUCUCCCUCCCUGGCAACAUGAGCCGCACCUCUCGCUUUUUUGACAUGGGGAUGGAGGAUGGCAUGAUGCCGAACCUCGGACCGGACAUGUCGCACUGUCAGAUGCUGCUGGAGGCUCCAGAAGCCCCGCCCCUGCAAACCGUGCCCUGGUUCUGCCUGUGUGCGCACUGUAAGGGCACCUCCGGAUCCAAGGGGGACCGUGGAAGCAGGGGCUUGUCAGGCAGUCCUGGGAGUCCAGGACCACGAGGAUUCACUGGGUUCAGGGGGCGACCAGGCUUCAUGGGACGCUUGGGGCUGAAGGGGCAGAAGGGCGAUGAAGGAGAGAAGGGCAACCAAGGACCGCUGGGAUUCACCGGCCCCAAGGGAGAGCGUGGUUUCAAGGGAGACAAGGGGGACCCAGGUGUCGAGGGACCCCCAGGUGAACAGGGCCCUCAGGGUGAUGCGGGCCAAUGCCCUGAGACUUGCGAAAGUAUCUCGGGUCCCCCAGGAGACCCAGGACUCCCUGGACCUGUGGGUGUUCGGGGGCUACCGGGGAUAGCAGGGUCUACAGGCACCCCAGGACAGAAGGGAGAAAAGGGGGAUAUAGGUCUCCAGGGAACCCCAGGGAAGGAGGGGCAGAAAGGUGAGGAGGGGCCAGAAGGGGAGUGCAACUGCCAUGAUGGACUCAAUGGGAUAGACGGGCAGGAUGGUCCCCCUGGGUCCAAGGGGGACCAGGGCUCUCCGGGGGCUCCAGGGGAAGAUGGGCAGAAGGGAGAGUUGGGUGAGCAAGGCUUCCCAGGGCCAUGCAGCCCAGCCAUCCAGUCGGCCUUCUCGGCCCUUCUGGACAACGUGUACCCUAUGCCGGGCUCCCCGGUGGCCUUCACACGCGUGCUCUACAAUAUGCAGGGCAACUACAACCCUGACAUGGGAAUCUACACGGCUCCCAUCAACGGCACCUAUGUCUUCAGCUACAGCGUGGUCGCUUUCAGUCGGCUGCUCAAAGUUGGGAUGUUCCUCAACUUCCGGCCCGUGAUCAAGUCUACCGAGCCCACGGACCUGGCCACCGCCUCCCAGCUGGUGGUGCUGCACCUGUCCAUGGGAGACCGGGUAUGGAUUCAGGUGAAGGACACUUUCACCAACGGCAUGUACGCCAGCUCCGAGAGCAGCAGCAGCUUCAGCGGCUUCCUGCUCCAUCCCGACAGCUGUGACCUGCCCCUGUUCCGAGACUUCACUCCACCGAUGGAGGGAGAGUAUAGGUGGGAUGACGAAGAGACCCCAACAACACCUGAACCUACAGUCUCCGUCCCACCUGAGUAG